AUGGAGACCGUCGUGUCUGUACCAAUGCCGCAUAUGGCGGUGGCGGGACAAGAUCACCCCUUGCCUUCUCCGGGGCCAUCCGAGUUGGACGAACUCAGGAUGCAGAACGUCAAGCGUGCUGCAGCGUCGUCAAGUGAAUUUAACAAGAUGACGUACGAGCAUAUGGCGCAGUUUCACGCGCAGAAGCAGGCGAUGGCCGUGCGCUUGGAACAAGAAUCCGCCCGACAGGCGGUGAUGGCGGCUGAAAUCGAGAAUAGCCGCCGCGAACAAGAAGAAUCGCGUGCGAUAUUGUCGAAGCAGCAAGAACAACUGCGACGCCAACAAGAAGAGAUCAAGUUGGCGAUGGCUCAGCAAGCCAGGUUACAGCAAGCCUCUGAAGCAAUGAGGCAACAGCACUCCAAGCUGGAGGAGCUUGACAAGAAAGUACGCCGCGAUAGCGAGCACUGGGGACUCUUUGCCGCUGCAACCAAUGAGCGAGCGGUGCCGGCGGUGAUGAGCCGUUCGGAGACCCUUAUGGGUGUUCAGCAAGUGCCGCUGGCCCCGAUGUACAAGGGCAGCACGAAGCGUGAGCACCGGGAGUUCAUGGAUGAGUAUCUGGCGUACUUUCGGCGCGUGGAAGCGCUGAACCGUGGUGUGGAAGGACCGUUCGAAGAAAUCACUGAAGACGAAUGGCGGGACUACUUUCUGAGUGCCCAAGUUCAUGAACUUGACCUCGAUUGGGUUGCCAAGGCUAUGGCGCCCUUGAAGAUGGACAUGCGGAUUCGCGAUGCGGAAUCCCGUGUCGGUCGAUUGCUGGCCGAUUUCUACGAGAAGCUCGAGCAGCUGGAUGUGGUUCACCUGCCCAGCCAGGAGCCGAAACAGUCGUUCAAGAUUUUGACGGCUGCAAUCCGACCCGCGGCGCUGAAGGCCAUGGUAGAGCGGCAGCUCGCUCGGGAAGCAAACAAGGUCUACAAGACCAGCGUGCCUGCGUUUGGCCGCUGGUUGAUUCAGUUACUCGACAACUUCAUGUUGUUUGAGUUGCAAAUGGUGAUGGCGGAGAAGAAGGCAGAAGAGAAACCGCGUCGCUAG